AUGAAUUAAUUAUAAUUAUCAUAAGCAUAGUCCCCAAGAGAAAGUAAUUUCGAUUAUGAAGAAUAACCUCAAAUAUAGUCAAUUCAAUUACAUUAAAGUAGAGCAGCACUAUCAAUUAUCACUAAUGUAAUCUUACUCAUAUAAGGAAUUUAGAUAUAAAUUUUAGUUGCUAUAUUUUAAAUAUUCUUAAUACUGUUUAAUUCAUAUAUCGCCUUUGAUUUAAGCUAUAAGAUAUCCCUUCUAUAUGUUACAAUUUUGCAUUUUCUUUAAAUCAUUAAGAUUGGUGUAUAUAAUAAUAAGUAAAGUUUAAUUAUUAAUUUUGUCUAGAAAAUUAUACAACAAUCAAUAUUGUUGCAUAUAGAUAUUUUGGGGAAUUCUCUCAAUUUCUUAUUAUGUAAUUUAUAUUUUUAGCAUUUAAGGGAUGCUUAAUGUAUUUCUUAGAAAAUAAUGAUUUUCCUAUUUAAUAUCCAAUACUUAUGCAUUUAAUAUUCACACUUACAUGGUUUGUUUUGGUAUUACACAAUUAUUUUAAAAAUAAAAAUGAAAAAAGCUUUACUUUAGUUGUAAAUUUUGAAAAUUAAUUUAGUUGACAGUUUUAUUCAGAUUUUUUUUAAUUCUCUAACUAAUGUUAAUUAAUCUUAAAUAAAUUGAAUGGAUAGAUUGGUAAUGGAUAUAUAUAUUUACAAUACUCUGGAUAUUCUUGGCUUUAAUUUGUAUUUUUUAAAUCAUUUUUUUAUUUGAUUUUAUUUGCAAAGCCACAUAAUUGUUGUAAGAAAGAGAUCCAAUCAAUAGGGAAGCAAUUAAUUAGUAGAGUAUACAUAUUGAGAAGGUUUAGUUAUAGGAUCAUUAUGGAUUAAUUUACUAGCCUUAUGCAUUUCUGGUCUACCCACUUUUAGCAUGAUUUGCUAUACUAUUAAAUUGUCAACAGGAUAAAACAGUUACAAUUCUCUGUCAAUUACCUUGUCAGUUAUAUACUCAUUAGUGUUUAUUGUCUAUACUAUGUAUUAUCGAAUCUCUUUAAGGUUAAAAUAUAAUGUAUUAUUAAAGUCUAUUUAUUUGUUAAAUCUAAUAAUAGAGAGGAAUAGAUAACAAUAUUGGAGUCAAUACUGAUAAUUAAUAAAGAUAUUAAUUAAAUUCUCCAAGUUCUAAACAUAAAAAUCAUUUGAUUAAAAGUAAAGAAUAGAUUUUAACUCAACUACCCUAGUAUUUGGUAUCUUAUUAAUAUUUAUGGUUAGAUUAGAUUAUCACAAACCUACUUUUUACCAGCUAUUGAUAAUGAUAAUUUACCAUAGUUAAAACAAUCAUAAUAAUAAUAAAUUCAAUAACAAUAACAUUCCAAGAAGAAUAAAACAGAUUAAGAAUAACCAAAAUUAAGUAAUCGUAUAUCUCUUACUGAAAUCAAUUCAGACAAAGAUACACAAUGUUUUAAUUGUUAUUAAAAUGAAAGUUGUGCAGUUUAUAUGCCAUGUGGACAUGGUGGAUUAUGUGUGAAAUGUGCUACCGAAUGGUUCACUGAAAAAUAAGAGUGUUUAAUAUGUAGAAAAGUAAUUAUUUAAUUCAUAUAUAUUUAGCCUGUUGAAUCUGUUGUAAAAAUUUCAUAGUCAGAAUAAAAUAAAGUUUAGGUAAUCGAUGUAUUGGCUUUUUGA